UCGCUUCCCUUUUUAAUAGCCUCCCCAAUUCUUCGUCCCACACUACUGAUUACUCCAAGAAGCCAUCACUCCAUUGCGCUCGCACCUCGCACUCGCAGUCUUCGUCUUGCUCUUGCACAAGGCCGGCUGGACCUUGACGCCAUGUUCAGUGCCAUGUCCACCUUCCUCUCCUCCCUCGCCAGGCGUCUGGUGCCACUCCGGCGCCGGAGGAGCAUCACGUCCUCCGGUUUCGUCGCCAGCAGGCGCCCGUUCUUCCCGUGCGGCGCGGGCCUCCGCGACGUCGUCAGCGGCAGCCCCUUCGUCGUCGUCAAGCGCGGCAGGACGCUGAGGAAGGUGGUGAAGCUACCAAGAAGGGUCGGCGAGCAACGGAAAAAGCGCUGGCGAGGCGGCGGGAAGGGCGACGACGACCACCACCUCCUAGACGGCGACGAGCCGUGCGUGUGGCGGCGGACGAUUCUGCUGGGGCGGAGGUGCCAGCCGCUGGAGUUCACGGGGGCCAUACACUACGACUGCGAGGGGCAGCGGCUGUGGCAACCCCGCACGCCGCCGCAGUCCUCCUCGCCGCUGCCCAUGAGCCCCGUCCGUCUCCAUCCUUCUGGGCUCGGCUACAUGGAUCGCGCAUAGGACACGAUCUGCACGUUGCGGCACACAUAUUAUAUGCGUAUGAACACGGAUGGAUGACAGAGUAUUUUGUGUCUUUCCUUUGGUGACUUCAUUUUUCUUUCGUCCUGUACUCCUGUAUGUAUACUCCUGACCCUGUGUGAUCCGAGUCCAUCAUGUGUCGGUUCCGAUCUGUGUUCUCUUGCGGAACAGAGAAAUGGGCAUUACUACCCUCUUCAGUGAAACUGACAAGCUGUAAAGGGUUAAGCGUUUGGUCGGUCU